GAUGCUGAUAGCGCUAAUAGCGUCUCCCCGAACGCACCCUAUGUGCUUCCACCUUUAAAGUUAUGUUAAUUCAUGUGUGAGGGCCUUGAGGAUCUUAAUGGAAACGAUCGCAGAUGAUAAUGAUUAUCAUUUUUGUCAAUUGACUUGCAAGAGCCCAAGUUAGUUGCUGUUAGCUCAAGAUUUAUUAUGUGUCAUGUCACAGCGCACUAAAGUCAUUCAUUUGUACAAAACGCUGUUGUACAUGGGCCGAGACUAUCCAAAAGGAUAUCAAUAUUUCAGAACAAAGCUAAAAAGGGCCUUUGAUAAAAACAAAACGGAGACCGAUCCCGAAAAGAUAAAUAAGAUGAUAAAUCAUGAAUCUUCUAAAAUGGCCGCUUGCGUAGCUGUUAUCGGCAAAGAUAAUUCUCCAAAAUUUAUUAAAAUAUAUCAAUGUGCGGACGAAGCUGCUGGAUUGCAGUUUCAUUACAAAGUACAUACGUCGAUUGAUAUUAUAGAGGAGAAGUUGAAUGUAGGAAGUAAAACAACAGUUGACAUACGUGAUUUAUAUUUAGGUUUAUUAUUUGCAACUGAAGAAUACAAAAUAUAUGGUUAUGCUACAAACACAAAGAUCAAAUUUGUCAUAGUAUUACAAUCAUCCAAUGUAUCAUUAAGAGAUAACGAAAUAAAAACGAUUUUUAAGAAGUUACACGCUGCAUAUUCCAAUGCUGUUUGCAAUCCAUUUUACAUUCCAGGUGAUGAAAUAAAAUCUAAGUCAUUCGAUACAUCAGUGCUGGAAAUAAUGGGCGUUAUAUAAUCUUUUACAAAGAUAUUUAAAAAAUAUUUUAGCAAGCAAGAAAAUAUACAUUACAUAAAAACUAUAUGUAGCUAAUAAUAAAUAAUAUAAAACUCU